CAGCAACAAAGUGCUUUUUCUGCCUCCCACUGGUGCUUUCUCCAGAAGACCUCUUCCGUCAGAUCAUUGCUAGAAAAAGCUGCUCCAGAUGUUUCGCUCGAUCUUGGGAAUGGGCUCUGGCUCUAGAUCUGCCUCCAAGUCCAGCUCCAAGGCUGCUUCCUCUGGCGCUACUGCCUCCUCUGCCUCCUCCAUUGCUUCCUCUGCUUCUUCUCUUUCCAACUUGCCCACCACAUCUACAGACAACUUGGAGCUCAUUUUCGACGAAAUCCACGAUUUUGAAAUAGCUUUAAAGGCCAUGGACUACUUGUUUGACGACAACCAGAAGUUGGGCAUUGAUUUGUUGGAAAACAAUUUUCCAAAGAAAAAGGCCAUAACCACUCUAGCAUUGAGUGUCAUUUCGUUCAUAGAGGCAACUUUGGGGUUUGAGCCUGAUUCAAUCAAAAAAACAAACGAAAUCCUAUACCAAUCUGAAAAUCUUUCCUUGAAAUUCAAAAAUUUACAACUAAAUAACAACAUUCAAAACUCUUCAAUCUACCCAAUUGGAACUUUAUACAGCUUAACCUAUGCUGAAUCAAUUCUAUUAAAUGCCCUUAUUAUGUUAUUGAAUGAAUCGGCUAUCGACUCUUUAAAGGCUCUAUAUAAAUUAAGAAAAGCUUAUCAUCAAUUAAAUGAAAUUAAUAAAGCAUUUAUCAGCUACGAAAGCAAUCUUCAAAACACCACCACCACCACCACCACCAACAACAACAACAACAACAACAACAACAACAAUUCAUCAUCAUUGUCCUCUUCUUCUUCAAGCUCUCUUUUUUCUGAAACAAAUUCAAACAUCAUCCCCAAUAAACCUCAAAGUAAAAGUGCAGUCUCCUUGCAAUCAAACUAUUCUUCAGCUUCUCAAAUCAAUUAUAAAAAAAAUUCUCAUCUCUUUAAUGAAAUCCCUUUUCAGUUGACUACUCAACAGCAAAAUGAUUUAAAUAUCAUUAAAAAAGCCGAAAAAUGCUAUCAAAUGAAAUCAUCCCGAUUCAAUGGCUCUCAUAUCAAUGCCAUCAAACAAUCCAAAAAAUCUAAAAAUACAAAUCUUAACUCAAAUCUCAAUACUAGCUACUCUCAAUCAACCCCAAAUUUAUCCUCAAUAUCGGAAAAUACUACAAACUAUAAAAACUAUAAAAAUGAUUUUAUUUAUCAACAAAGUUUUUUAAAUCUACUAAAUGAAAACAAAAAUCAUACUCCAGAUAAUUUGAAUUUUUCAACCAUCGAUGAGUUUAUCCACUCUGGUGUUAACCUUUGUUUCGGAAUCCUUCAGGUGGUUCUCUCUUUAAUUCCUCCUGCCAUUGGCAAGGUGCUCUCUAUUGUUGGUUUUAAAGGUUCAAGAGAAAUAGGUCUUAAAAUGCUCUGGAAAGCAUCUCAGGAACGUAAUAUACAUGGUUCAUUAGCUACUUUAGGUUUACUUACUUUUUACGAUGGUCCUUUACAGUUUAUUGAUACAGACUUUGACUUGCCGCCAACUUUAAACCAUAAUUAUCAAAAUGAAAAUCAAAAUGAAAUUCAUAAUGAAAAUGAAAUUCAUAAUGAAAAUGAAAACACUAUCAUUAAUCAAGACAAUAAAGAGUGUAAAUUCAAAAGACUAUCAAUUAUCUACUCUAACACUUCAACUAUAUCCAAUAAAAAAAACUCUUUAUCUGUAUCAAGAACCUUGAGCAGAAAGAAAACUAUCUUGGAAUCAAAGGCAAUUGUCGGUAACGGUUUACCAACUUUAUUACAUCCAGGUAAAAACCUUGAAAUCGCUCUAUUGAAAUCAAGAUCCUUAUUUCCUCACUCAGCUUUAUGGCUAUUACAAGAAGCAAGAAUGUUGGCCUCAAAGGGCAAAUUAGUAAAAGCAGUUGAUCUCAUGGACAAUUUUUCAAACCAAAAUACUAUCAAAAUGAAACAAAUCGAAGCUUUAUUAGUGUUCGAUAGAGCAAUGAUCUUGGUGUUUUUACAUCGCUAUGAGAGAGCUGCAAAUGAAUUUCUUUAUUUAAUUCAAAUUAACGCUUGGUCUCAUGCACUAUACUCAUUCUUUGCCGGCGCUUGUUAUUUGGAAGGCUAUAGAAUGUGUAAGUUAAAUCUAUAUGAAUUAACUGAUCUUGAUAUCAAAAAUGGCAUUAAUACAGUAAUCGACAAACAAAACUGGUAUGCAAAAGAAGCUGAAUUAAAAAUCUUGCAAUCUCCGGAUUUAAUAGAAAAAAAAAACUUUAUGAAUAGAAAAAUGCCCUUUGAUAGAUUCUUAUUAAGAAAAAUUGACUCAAUUAAAAAGAAACAAAAUAGAUAUAAAUUACCCUUCAUUGAUUGUGUAGGAACUUCAUUAGCACACGAACUCGCUUAUUUUUGGAAUGGCUAUAAUAGAAUGCCAGUUGACCAUCUUGAACUCACUUUAAAAUUAUUAGAUUAUCAUUCAUCAAUCAAUGCACUAAUCGAUGAAGACGAAAAUGAAAAAAUGAUAAGAUGCACCCUUGAAGCUAUCACACUUAGAAGAUUGGGCAAAAUUGCUUCAGGCAGACAAUUACUAGAUGAAAUGGUUUUGCAGAAUAUUAUUGCAUUUGAUUCUAGUCUCCCUGGUGGAUGCAAAUUAAUUAAAUUGAACCACGAUCCUUGGUUAUAUCCAACAGCUUUAUAUGAGCGUGCAUUGUUUACUUGGAAAGAAUUUGAUGUGGAAGGUUUAGAAGAAUGCAAACAAUGGUUGCAUUAUGCACAAAACUAUGAAGACGAUUACGAACUUAGUGCAAGAAUUUCAAUGAAAAUAAAAGGUGCAAUUGAUAGACUAGAAGGCUUGCAAUUAUAAUUUAUUCAAAAGGUCUUUUUUUUAAAAAAAAACAAGUAUAUUCAAGUUUAAAAGGAUAUAAUCAAGUGAAAGAGUUUAUUUUAAUCUUAUUUGGUCUGACUUUAUUUUACUUCAUUUUAUUUCGUACUAUUUUAUUUCAUACUAUUUUAGUUCAUUUUGUUUCACCUCACUUAUUUUUUUUAUAUUUCUUCUGCAAAAAACAACAAUAUAGAACUAGAAUGGAAACUUUUAUUUAUCAAUUAUAUAGUUUUAUUAGAUUUAAUUUGAAAAAAAC